AUGUCGGCCGACGCCUGGGUGGGCAACUGGAGGCCCCACCGCCCCCGGGGCCCCAUCGCGGCCCUCUACAGCAGCCCUGGGCCCAAGUACGGGCUCCCCACCAACGUCGGCUACCGUCUGCACGACCCCUCCCGCGGCCGUGCCCCCGCAUACAGCUUCGGGGUGCGCGCGGGGGGGCGGCAGGAGGAGCGCUCCCCCGGGCCGGCGUACCUGCUGCCCCCCGGGACCACCGCCAAGGGCAAGGACGGGACCCCCGCUUUCUCCAUCUACGGCCGUCCCCGCGACCUGCCGCCCCUCCGCACCCCCGGGCCAGGCUGCUACUCCCCGGAGAGGGCCGGCACGUUGGCCUUCCCCUCCGCACCCGCCUGCACCCUCCGCUCCCGCACCAGGCAGGGCACCAGCCACCAGACGCCAGGCCCCGCUGCCUACCAGCUGCCCCCCAUGCUGGGGCCCCGUGUGGUGAGCAAGAGCUCGGCCCCCAACUACUCCAUGCCGGGACGCAGCAACGUCGGCGCCUUCUACCAGGACCUGUGCAGGACACCGGGGCCCUGCAGCUACCGCGUGGUGGACGCCGACGUCUACAAGCGGCGGGCGCCGCAGUACAGCAUGCUGGCGCGCAACUCCCUCCCCGGGGACACCACCACCAAGCCCGGACCCGGCGCCUACAGCCCCGAGCAGCAGGGCCGGCAGCGGGGGCUGACCUUUGGGAUCCGGCACUCGGACUACCUGGCUCCCCUCAUCGUGGACGUGCCCGACUAG